AUGAAACACGAAGGGGCUGAGGAGUCUCUGAAGGCCUCGGGAUGGCCUCAGCCGGACUCCCCAGCUGGCCUGAAGCGCCGCUCCCUUAGCAAGAGCAGCAGCAGCAGCAGCAGCAGCAGCAGCAGCAGCAGCAAGGACGGCGGAGGCUGCGACCGCUUGGACGCCGGCCAGAGCGGCCGGCUGGAGCCGCGGCUGUUUGCUGCUGCUGCUGCUGCUGCGCAGCAGCCGCAGCAGCAGCAGCAAACCUUGCCAGAGGGAACAGCCGGGCACGUGCAGGCCCGAGUGCUGCGCCAGCCCUCCCGCCAGCAGCAGCAGCAGCAGCAGCAGCAGCAGCAGCAGGAGCAGCAGGGGGCGCAGCGGCGGGGUCGGAGCCGGUGUCUUUCGCGGGUGUUUAGGCUCAUGACGACUUGCUGCUGGUUGUUUUGCUGCUGCUGCAUCAGUUUGCUGCUGUGGGGCCCUUCGCUGUUUUUGCUGCUGCCGCCCACAGCGCGGCAAAUAUCUUUGCUGCUGGCUCCGGGGCUGCGGCUGUUUGUUGCUGCUCCUUACGACGCGGAGUCUGCUGCUGCUGCUGCUGCUGCUGCUGCUGCGGGGUGGCCGAGUCUGCGUCCGGGGCUGCUGCAGACCUUCUUCCCCUUCUUCUUCCAGCAGCAGCACGAGCAGCAGCAGCAGCAGCAGCAGCAGCAGCAGCAGGAGGCCCCGCUGACGCUGGAGAGCGUGCGGAAGGAGUUUGCUGCCUUGCUGGAAGGCCCGCUGCCAGCUCCUGCUGCGCUGCUGCAGCAGCAGCAAGAGUUCAAGAAGGAGCUGCUGGAAGUUGCUGAGGGAGUUUAUGCUGCUCUUGGCUUCGGACUUGCCAACUCUUUUAUUCUCAAAGGCCCCACAGGAGUGGUCAUCGUGGACACCACUGAGAGUCCAGUGGUCAUGCGCGAGAUUUGGCAGCAGUUCAAGGCCCUCAGGAAGCAGCAGCGACGCGCCCGCAAGCAGCAGCAGCAGCAGCAGCAGCAGCAGCAGCAGCAGCAGCAGGGGGAGCGCGACGGCGGCGCUGCCCCCGCAGACGCCCACCCCCAGCAGCAGCAGCACGACCCCCAGCAGCAGCAGCAGCAGCAGCAGCAGCAGCAGCACGACCCCCACCCCCAGCAGCAGCAGCAUCCCCAGCAGCAGCAGCAGCAGCAGCAGCAGCAGCAGCAGCAGCAGCAGCAGCAGCAGCAGCGUGAGGUGGUGGUGCGUGCUGCGGGUCUGGAGCUGCUGCUGCUGCACGUGCCUGGGGAAACCCCCGACCAGCUGGCGGUGUGGCUGCAGCAGCAGCAAACUUUAAUUGCUGCUGACAACAUCUACAAAAGCUUUCCCAACCUCUACGCCAUCCGCGGCGGCAGCAGCCGCAGCAGCAAAGACUGGGCUGCUUCCUUGGAGCGCAUGCGCGCGCUGCAGCCGCAGCUGCUGCUGCUGGGCCACACGAGGCCCUUGGCCGGUGGGGUGUACGUACACUCGGCGUUGACAGCUUAUCGGGAUGCUAUUUUGUUUGUUCAUGAUCAAACAAUAAGAUUAAUGAACAAAGGCAGCAGCAGCGAGGAAGCUGCUGCGCUGCUGCAGCUGCCUGUACACCUCAGCAGCCACCCGCUGCUGCAGCAGCUCUACGGCGCGCUGCCCUUUGCUGUCCGCGGUGUAUAUACACACUACAUGGGCUGGUUCGGGGGGGCUGCAGAGCAGCUGCAGCCGCUGCCUGCUGCUGCUGCUGCUGCUGCUCUUGCUGCGCUCGCCGGGGGGCCCCACAAGCUCCUGGAAGCUGCUGCUGCUGCCAUCCGCAGCAGCAACCCGCAGUGGGCGCUGCAGCUUGCUGCUGCUGCGCUGCUGCUGCAGCCCCACAACGCCCUCGCCAGGGAACUCAAGGUCGUCGCCCUCAGGGCCCUCGCUGCCACGCAAACUGCUGCUUCAGGAAAGACUGCUGCUGCUGCUGCUGCUGCUGCUGCUGCUGCUGCUGCUGCUGCUGCUGGUUGUUGUUGUGGCGCUUGGGAGCAGCAGCACGCAAGGAAUUGGUACUUGACAGCAGCAAGAGAAACUGAGGGGUCUCUGCGGCUGCAGAUGAGUGAGCAGCAGAAGAAGCAGCUGCUGCAGCUGCUGCCGCCGCGGGACAUUUUCCAGCUGCUGCCUUUCCGAGUGGACCCCGAAGCAGCAGCAGACAUCGACGCAGUCAUUCUCUUCAAGUUCGUCCCUCCCCCCGAAGCUGCUGCUGCUGCUGCUGCUGCUGCUGCUCCUGCUGCUGCUGCUGCUGCGGAGCAGAGGCAGCCCGCCCAAGCAGCGGCCUCCCCAGAAACGGACGCGCCCCCGCAGCAGCAGCAGCAGCAGCAGCAGCAGCAGCAGCAGCAGCAGCAGCAGCAGCAGCAGGAGCGGCACUGCGUGCACUUUCGGAGAGGCAUUGUGUUUACGCGGGACGAAUGCGAAAGAGCAGCAGAUGUGGAAGUCGAAACUACAGAAGCAGCUUGGAGAAGCAUUUUGACAAAAGAAACGGGACUAUUUGCUGCUGCAGCAAGAAGAGACUUCAGAGUCAAGGGGCCCCUGCUGCUGCUCGUCAAGUGCCUCGCCUGCAUCGAGCUCGACAUGGACUGA